GAAGUGGCCGCGCCGCCAUGUUGGCUGGGAGGGGAAGUGGAGGCCUGGCCCCCCACUAAGAUGGAGGAGAGGAGCCAACUGGGGGCCUAGGGCCCCCUCAGGCCGAAGGGCGAGCUGGGGCCCAUGGAGCAGCGCUAGGUUUAUGCUGUAGACAGCUACUUCACUGCCAAAAUGACAUCUUCGACCUCUGAACAAUAUCCAGCAUCUGAGAAUGCCUGCAGAAUCGCACUUGGACAAGCUAACCAGGUACAACCGAAACUGCCACUCCUGAAGAUUCUGCAAGCAGCAGGUGCACAAGGUGAAACCUUCACAUUGAAAGAGGUCAUGCAUUACCUGGGACAGUAUAUAAUGGUGAGGCAGCUAUAUGAUAAGCGGCAGCAGCACAUGGUCUAUUGUGGAGGGGAUCAGCUGGGAGAAUUGCUGGGACUGGAGAGCUUCUCUGUGAAAGAUCCAAGCCCAGUUUAUGACAUGCUGAAAAGGAACCUGACUUCUGUUACUAUUACAGAUGCUGCACAGACUCUUGCUCUCGCAAAGGAUCAGAGCGUCGAUAAUCCAAGCCAAGACCAGCUGAAGCAGACUAGCACAGAGGGAAGCUCUGACACUGAGGGAAUGGAGGACAAAAGUGAUGCUCCUGCUUUGUCUACCUCACAGCUCAGCUAUGGAAACUGCGAAGACAAAGACUUAAUAGAAAACCUCUCAAAAAGCAAGAAGCCCAAACUGGAUCUAGUAUUUGAGGAGUGGGAUGUAGCUGGCCUUCCAUGGUGGUUUUUAGGCAAUCUGAGAAACAACUACAAGUCUAGAAGUAACGGGUCAACAGACAUACAGACCAACCAGGACAUAGACACUGCCAUUGUUUCAGAUACUACUGAUGACUUGUGGUUCCUCAAUGAAUCUGCGUCGGAUCAAUUCAACGUUGCCGUCAAAGUGGAGACAGUGGACUGUGAAGAAGUGGGGAAAGAGAGUGACAAAAAGGUGAUUGAGGUUACGUGUACUGAUGACCUCGAGGAGUCUCAGUGCCUAAGUGACGACACAGAUGUAGAAGCUGCCUCUGAGGACUGCUGGCAAUGCACCAAAUGCAAGAGGUUUAACUCUCCAGUCAAACGGUACUGUUACCGCUGCUGGGCCUUACGGAAGGACUGGUACUCGGAUUGCCCCAAACUAGCUCAUUCUCUCUCUCUGUCCACCAUUGAUACUAUUCAAGGCAAAAAGGAUGAUGAGGGAAUUGAUGUCCCAGACUGCAGAAGGACCGUGUCUGCUCCAGUUUGCCGACCCAAAGAUCUGUACACGGGUGAAUGCGAGUCCCAUGUAGACCCUGGCAGCUCUAUGGAAUCCCUGGGUUUGUCACAAGAAUGCAAGGACCAGGAGCCACAGAUGCAUUUUGGUGAACACAAAAAGGAAGAAGUAGUAGAAUGCCAAGAGAAUAUCAAAAAUUUGUUGAAUCCCUGCCUUCUAUGCCAGAAGAGGCCGCGGGAUGGGAAUAUUGUCCAUGGAAGGUCUGCUCACCUAGUGGCUUGCUUCAAAUGUGCGAAAAUGCUGAAGAAAGGGAGAUUGCCAUGUCCAGUGUGCAAGAAACCGAUCCAGAUGGUGAUCAGAAUCUUCACGGGGUAGCUGUGCUGCUGCAAGGUGCUUCAGGGACUUAAAUGGUAACUAGUCAGGGGACAGCUGCCACAAGGUUUAGUGUCUAUGGUGCUACAAGGGAGGUUAACCAUAUAACUCAGCUAAAGAACAGGGGUCCCAAACUCACAAAGGAAGUUGAGGAAUCCCCUUAAUGAAAUGAAACAAUGUUCGGUUUUUAGUGUCAGUUUACGUUCCUGGGACUGACUGAUCUGUCUGUAGCAUCUGCCCCAGGUUUUAGAAUUUCUAAAUCCUUUACUUUCCAAGGUUUAGAGAUGAUGAUUUCCCCCGGAUGGUCUUGUUUUCAUAACUGAUCCUUGCAGAAGCCCGAUGGUUAAUAAAUAAAUAUGUAAUUCUGGUUGGUUGUAUGCUCUGCAGUAAGCUAAACUCUGUGCAAUACCUGAAAAUAGAAAGCACAGGGGUGGGAGGAGAGUGUGUCUGUGUGUACACAUAUGUACGCUGGAUUCUCCAAGGAUCAGCUCUCAGAAGAGUAAUGGAGAAUGGGGGUUACAAGACUUCUAACUCUCUGCAGUAUUUUGUAAGAUCGGAUUGAGAGACUUGCCAAAAUCCUUAAUGAAAAACAAACCUCCCCAACUUUUAAUCAAUAUGUAAACCACCCUGUAUGAUUUAGCAAUCAUGCAAGAGCAAGGUGAGGUCCCUUUUAAUUAAGAUACAGUGUUGGGGGCCAGUUCCUCAGCUGCUGCCAAUCGGCACAGCUCAGUCAACUCAAUGCUAAUUGACACCAGCUGAGGAUCUGGCCCUUCGGUUAGGUGUGCACUUACAGCAGUUGUGCGUGUAUAUACGAGCAUUCUAAUGCUCAUAAUUAGCCCCUCACGCCUACAGCUGUUUUAACUGCAUCCCUACCUUUUUUAAGCUGUCUUAUCAUUUGAGAAAAGUCUCUAUUUAAAGUGCUGGCGAGAUUCACUAAUGACGAAUGUGCAAUUUUGAAAAAUAAGGCAUUUAUCUUAGUGCACCACCUGACAGCUGUUUUAUCUAAGGAACUGUUGCGCGGUGUUAGUCACAUUUGGACACUCUUCAGUUUGAUUUAGUUUCUUAUAGGUUUUAACGCGUCUCAGAAUCCUUCUGUGGUAUUCUUAUCUGCACAGUGCAAUAGAGGGUCCAUUGGCCGCUAGAAUUUGUAGUUUUAUACUGUUGGUAAAAUUCUUUCUUAAAGAGCACAUCCUAGGUAUCUGCCCAGAUCUUUCUCAACCCCCAUCUGCAGGAAGGAGCUCCAGGGGUUGAAGGCUGCCUCAAGGAGAGCAUCCUCUCUUGUCCCUUGUGGUGGUUGAUCAGGGUUUCCCCAUGUGGAGAAGGCUGUGGAGUGCCUGUCCUCAAACCUGGGGGAUCUGUAGGGGAUCAGGGUCAUUCACAUUCCAGUGGACCCACACUACCAGAGAUUCCCGCCUACAGCCACAGCUACCCUGGGGACCCCCGAGGGUUUGAGUAACUUCCACUGGGCUGGUGGAGAAUCACUGUGCAGCCCUGUUCCGCUCUCCUCUGGCCUCCCCUGUCUUGAUCCUGUUCCCCAGCAUGGACCUUGGACUAUGUGCAGAGGCAUCUGCAGGGUCCAAGGGGAGGAGACAGUGCUAUGAAAUCACACGAUCUUGCCAAAUGCAGGGUCUCCUCCAGGCUAGAUCAAGCCCCUAUAGAUCUAUGCAUAUCAGUUGGCUGUAAAGCUGGUAUAAAGCCCUUCUCCUGCUGCACUUUCCCUUCUCUCCUGCAGCGCUAUAGCCAUAACUACAGCUCACUAUGUGGAGUGAAUUUACUUACCCCCAUCCCUCCUCAAAGCACACACCCCUUUGAGCACCUUUGCUUUAUUUCCUUCUUAUUUAAAAUAAAUAAAAACCUAGAAAAAUAAAGAUGGCCAACACCUGUUAGAUCCCAUUUAGCCCAGCACUCCCUGGCCACCACAGGGUUGCUCUCAACAAUGUGUUAUCCAAGGCUUUGUCCAGGCCUGUGUAAAAUAGUUCUAAGGUGGACUCUUUGUCACUUCUCUGUUUUGAAUACCAAGAAAUGUGCAUUCGGUGUAGCGGCUCAAUACACUGGGAAGCCGUAGUUCUCUGUCAAUAGAAUACACAUUGUGGGGUUGCAUCUUCUGCUGUGAAGAUUGUGGUCUCCUCCAAAGAGGUGGAUUAUUUGAUCUACCAGGUGUAUACCCUCUAACUAUUAAGAUCCACAUACCUACCUUCUAUCUAUCCAGUGCAAGUUGGAUGGGGAUUCCUAUUACUUGGGCCACCUAGACUGCCCUGUCUCUAGCAUGUGAUUUGGGGAAGAUUUUGCCUCCCCCUUCUGAACCAUCACUGCCAGUCAUUGCAACUUGGGCUGUACAUCAUAGCCUUAUUGCCCAGAGUUCCUGAGGGUGUACAGUUCAGCUGGGCCUGAAAAGCUGCAGGAGGCUUUACGUAUUCACAAAGAACUGUAGUUUCUUCUCUAGCUACAUUCCUUUUUGAUCUAGUAUUUUUAUCGUAGUCUUUCUAACUCCCUUCAUCUCCCUGGUAGACACACAAAGCAAGUACAGGCACCCCACAAGGUUCCUCAGAGCAGCGCUUAGCGCUCUUCUGCUGAAGCAGCUCUUUCUCCAAAGUUUCAAAUGGGAAGGGAGGAGAGAAUAUAUAGCAUGGACUGAUCAGUACCCUCUUAGGGCUGGUCCACACUGGGGCGGGGGAUCAAUCUAGGAAAUGCAUCUUCAGCUACGAGAAUAGCGUAGCUGAAGUCGACGUUUCCUAGAUCGAACCAAGUUUACUUACUGCGGGUCCACGCGGAGCAGGCAAGCUCCCCCGUUGACAGCGCUUCCUUCUCUCGGCGAGCAGGAGUUCCGCAGUCGACGGGGGAGCGCUUCUGGGAUCGAUUUAUCGCGUCCAGAUGAGACGUGAUAAAUCGAUCCUAGAAAAUCGAUCUCUACCAGCCGAAUCGGGUGGGUAGUGUGAACCUAGCCUUAGCUAUGUUCUUUGCAGUGGCUCUCUUCUGGUUUAAUCUUGAGCUUGGGAGGAGGAGAGGGGAAUGGAUCUCUUUUCUGUGGCUAUAAUCCAAGCUUUUCCUCUCUCCCUAUUGAUUUGUGGCUUUUAGUUAGAAAGCGCUACUACUGGGUAUAGACUGACCAGCACAGUGCCAAUACUGGAUGUGCUAGCUGACUAGCAGUACAUCGGUUGCUAAAAGUGAGCAAGUCUAAGCAGAACUGGGAACCAUUCCAUGCCGCUAAAUACUUGAUACUCUUUCAGGUGGUUCUCAAAGCAACUUCUUCCUUCUCAAGUCAAAAACCAGUCUUUACCAUAUGUGCUCAAGCCAGCUGUGAGUCUACAUCUGCUGGGGAAGGUCACAAAACCCAGCAGCACCAAAACCACGUUGAGCGUAUUCUUCCUCUGUAGGGACAUUGGAGGAGAUGGGAUGUGCGGGAUCAGAGCUAUCACUGCCAAAAGCACACCAAACCUGUUGGUGAUUCUGCAGCUAUAUUGACUUGACAUUGUUUUACUGUGUGAUGAUUACUGUGUCUGAUUUUAUUUGCUGUACAUGUACAAAUGGGAUGAGUUUUGUUUUUAAACCACAAGUUAAGCUGCAGUGCACCAAAUUGCAGUUUCACAAUAUUGUUUUGCAAACAGGCCAGAUCACCGAUGGGUGUAAAUCAGCAUAGCUCUAUUGAAGUCAGUGGCGUUAUGCUGACUUGCACCAUUGGGGAUUCUGGCCCCAUAUCUGAAGCGCACUUGUUGCUUCCUUGCUGAAGGGUCACUGAAAUGAAGCUGACGCACCUUAGCCUUCCUUUGGGCCAUAGUAGAUUUAGCAGGGUUUCCUUAUAAUAGUACAGAAGUGGGAACUGUUAGUUACCAGCUAGCUGCCUUCCCUUUCUUUGGAUGUUUGUGCGCUCGGCAAGGUGGAUGGUUGGACAUAGACCUGAAAGCACAUCUUCUGGAUACUGUGAAUUUUGUUUUCCCUGUUGCCUCAAAAAGUGCAUUUUGUUAAGGGUUCUGUUUGAAUAGUUUUCAGACCGAAUGUGUUACAAAGUGUGUAGUCUAUGUUGACCAAAAAACCUGAAUUACAAUUUAUUGGGGAUAUAAUAUCCUUACUGAAACCCUAUUAAGAUAUGUAAUAUAUACAAAGCUUGAGAUACUUACCUUUAUUCAGUGGCUAAGAGUUAUAGGGUGGCUAAGUGGAAAUCCCCUUGUGUCAAAGGAAAGCCACAAUGAACGUUAUACAGUUCGGAGAUUUAUUUUUAUUCUGUAGCAAAUAUAAGAGUAGUAUUUCAGAAGCAUCCGCUUCUUUUUUGUACUUUUGCUUAAGGGUAUGAUUUUUGUCCCAUGAAAUAGUUAUACUGGUGCAAUGCCCAGUGUCGAUGCAGGUAUACCAGUAUAAAGGUACCUUAGACUGGUGUAUCUUAUUCCUCUUCCCAUAGAUGCUUACACCAGUGUAACUGUGUCUACACUAGGGGUGUGUGUUCACUACGAACGUCAAAGCAUUGCCGCAGCAGUGCUUUAGUGUGGCUGUGUAGUCGCGGCCCCAGCGCUGGGAGAGAGAAAAAACCACUCCCAUGAGGGGAAUAGCUACCGCGGCUCCCAGCACUGGUGCACUGUCUACGUUACCGCUUUACAGCGCUGAAACUUGUUUUUUUCACACCUCUGAGCGAGAAAGUUUCAGCGCUGUAAAGUGGCCGUGUAGACAAGGCCUCGGAGGAUUGUAUAGCUAUAUAUCAGUAUAGUUAGAGUGGUACAGACAAGCCCUAAUUCAAUCAGAGCUGCCGUUUUAUUGACAUUUCCCAACAGGAAGUCUGUUCUCGUGCCUUAGUUGCCAAGACAGGACCCAAAGUAUUUCAAUAAAAUACCUAGCUCUUGUAUAGCUCUUUUGAUCUAUAGAUCUCAAUGCGCUUUAAAAGGAAGUCACCAUUUUACAAAUGGGAAGCUAAUAAAGGCACCAGAAAGUUAGCCGCCUAAAUCCAGAAUUAGGCACCUUAAAUCGGUGCCCUGAUUUUUCGGAGCUGCUGAACACCUGGAUCUCCUGUUGACUAGAGUGUCAGUUGUGAGAUACUCAACAUCUCUGAAACUCUGGCUCUUUAGAGCGGGGCCCCCUUUUGUAGCCCAGGCUGGAAAGUAUUGGCCAGGGAGGAUAGCUGAACAUAUGAAAAGCAGUCCAGUUGCCUGACGUCCCAUUACUAAAAAAUAAUUGCUUAAUGUUAUGCAUGUUAAACUACUAUUAAUACAUUUUAAAAUAAUACAACUGCUUUGAAAAUGACUCCUGCUCCCAUACAUUCCCUGUGUCCCAAACUGUCAUUCAACUUUCAAGGUGGCAGCUUCCUCAUUCAUUCUUAACUGUUUGUAUUCAGACUGUUUACAAAUUAUUGGUGAUGACCUUUCUCUCUAAUAAUAAUAAAGUGCUGUAAGAGCUAAGGUGCUGUGCAAGCAGGAAUCCUUCCAAUACCCCCGUGUACCUAUCUGAGAAGGUGCUUGAAGGUGGCUGAAAUAUUGUGUGGGUAGCAGGAUCAUUUUAUGCUCUUGAAUAACAAUAGAAAGACCGAUUCCCUUCCAGAAAAGGUAAUUUCUUACUAAAUCCCCCAAGCACUCUUCCCCCGUUUUGCACCUAAAUGUAUUUUCAUCCAGGAAAAGUGAAAUAUCUAUGGAAUACAUGCUCCCUACUUGUAGCCUAAAGCUCACCAAAAUAUUCUAUUUAUAUUUGCACUAUUUUACAAUGCUUUGGUCGAACUAAAUUAAUGACUUGUUUGUUUCCCAUGCAAAAUAAACUUGACACUUGAAAUCUUGUGAUAGGGUAACUUAGAAGGUUUAGUUUUUAAUUUGUACUGUGUUUUGGCAAAGCUUAAAUAAAACCUUUGUUACCAGUA